AUGCGUUUGAAGGCGAGGAAAGGGGAAGAUGUGCAGUUCUGGAAUGAUGUAUGGUUGGGUGAUGUUCCCCUGAAAUUGUUGUUUCCUAGACUUUAUGUUCUAUCAAUUAAUAAAUCGGGUAAAGUGAAGGAGUUUAGGGUAAAUAAUGCUUCGGGUUGGGUGUGGGACAUCCAAAUGAGAAGGAAUUUGGCUGAUUGGGAAGUAGAACAGUGGAUGCAGUUGAUUUCUAUGUUAUAUAAUACCUCUCCUUUUCCUACUGAAGAUGAUUGUUGGAUUUGGUUAGGGAAUGGUGAAGGAAAUUUUACAGCUAAAUCUUGUAUAAACGCUUUUUAUGAACGUGGUUCUGAGCAAAAUCAAGUGAAUUGGGAUAAGAAUAUUUGGUCUGGUUUUGCUCCUCCAAGGGUGGAACUGUUUGUUUGGCAACUAGUGCAACAUAGAGUACCGGUUAAAGAGGAGUUAGCAAAGAGAGGUGUUGCAGAGAUUGUUGACCAACGUUGUGUUUUGUGUGGUAGGGAGGUGGAAUCAGUUUCCCAUCUGUUUCUGCAUUGCAGGGUUGUGUGGGGUCUGUGGUCCUUCUUCUUGAAAAUGUGGAAUGUGUCAUUGGUGACUCCGAAGUGUACCAUGGAAUUUCUAAUUUUGUGGGAUGAUUUUAUGACUAACUCUUUGAUUUGGAAAUUCAUUCCUAGGGCAGUGAUGUGGUCAGUAUGGAAGUGUAGAAAUGAGAUUAUCUUUCAGAAAGGAAAGCUGGAUUUGGUCAAAUUAUCUUUCAUUGUUAGAUUUAGAGUGGCUUCCUGGUUUAGUGCUCGUUUCAAGGAUAUGGGUAUUCCUCUAGAUUCUCUAGUAGGUGAUUUGAAAAUUGCUGAUUCGAUUGGUAGAUCAGGAAAGGAUUGCUCUCAACCUGCUUGCUGGGUUCCCCCACUGGAGGGGUUUCUAAAGUUAAAUGUUGAUGGACCGAUGGUUUCGGGUUGGAAAAAAGGAGGUAUUGGUGGUCUGUUUCGAGAUAGCAGAGGUCUAUUACUUCAGUGGUUUUCUGAAGCAGUAGGGGGUGGUCCUCCUAUCUUGGCAGAGCUGUUGGCUAUCAAAAGAGGGAUUUGUCUUAUGGAGGAGUUAGAUUUUGUCGCAAAUCAGAGAGUUAUCUUGGAAUCAGACUUAUCUAACGCUCUGAAGUGGAUCCAGAAUCCGGGUUUAAGCCCUCCUUUGCAUCUAUCCUUGGUGAAGGAUAUAAUUUCGCUUUUGAUUGGAAAGGAUAUUAUUUUUAGGCAUAUUUCAAGGGCGGCAAACUGGGAAGCUGAUAAACUUGCUAAAGACGGGAUAGGGUGA